UCGCAAGAAUCUCCCAUCAUGUAUGCACGGAAGACUAGAGUCUACUAACCCUGCAUGGUCCCCCCUCCAAUCCCUCACUAGGUCAUGCAACUCGGUCCUCGCAUCGGACUCAUCUACCUAGCUACCUGAGUUUCCCAUCGUCUUCGGCCCCCUCUGUGCACAAAUCAUCGCAAUCUGGUCAUUGUCGUCGCCCUCACUUUACCGUCUCUCAUCAAAGCCGCAGCUGAACGAUGGCGGAGAAAAAGGAUCCCUUCCAUAUUCUCAUCAUAGGCUCAGGCGUCGUCGGCCUACUCAUAGCCCAAGGCUUGAAAAAGGAAGGAAUAUCUUACGCUAUCUAUGAAUCCGAACCUUCUGCAACCACCUAUCGGCCACGAGAAUGGGGAAUGUCGGUACAAUGGGGCCUACCCAUGCUCGCUGAUUGCCUUCCCAAAGAACUCUUUGAUCGUAUCUACACCGCUGCUGUGGAUCCCAACUUCGAGCCUCCAGAUCCUGGUGUUCUGCCGACCUACAAUGGCCAGACGGGUGAGUUAAUGAAGAACAUUCCACUCCUGCGCAUGUACCGUGUCUCUCGUCGGCGCUUCAGGAAGUUGUGCUCGGAAGACAUCGACAUUCAGUACGGCAAAAUGCUCACCGAUAUCGCGUAUGAUGACGACGAAUCCACUGUAACAGCUGUUUUCCAGGAUGGGACCAAGGCAACGGGUAACAUGCUGAUCGGAGCUGAUGGUGUCAAGUCGAAAGUCAGGGAGUCUAAGUUUGGGGAGGAAGGCCAGGCCUGCAGCGUUCCCUAUUCCGCCGUCAACUUACAUGUUUGUUACAAUGAUGCCGAGAAAGCCAAAUUUGUUCGCCAGGGUCAUCCUAUCAUGACCAUGGGCAUGCACCCAAAUGGAUAUUGGCUGUGGAUCUCAAUCCAAGAGGUCCCGGAUCCUAACGACCCAGCCACGUGGGUGUUCCAGCUACAGACAACGUGGCACCAGAAAGAAGGGGAAGAAGUCGAUUCACUAGCUAACCUGAAAGCGAAGGCUGAGACCAUGGGUGAACCAUUUCGUUCGGCGAAUCUUUGGAUUCCUGAAGGGACAAAGAUCUACUCCAAUAACUUGUCCUACUGGAUCCCUCGACCUUGGGACACCCGAAGAGGGAGAUUUCUUCUUGCAGGCGACGCAGCCCAUCCGAUGACGUUUCAGAGGGGCCAGGGUUUGAACCAUGGUAUCGCCGACGCACGAAGUCUAGUUCUCAAGUACAAAGAUGCGCUGGAGGGAAAAACCAGCUUCGAAGAAGCCGCCGAGGCAUAUCAGGCUGAAUUGGUGGAUCGCGCAGGUGAAGAAGUUCGUCUGUCCAAGGAGAAUACUGAAAUGCUCCAUGAUUGGGACAGGAUGGCAAACUCGCCCAUCAUGCAACGAGGUGGCCAUCCAAGGGAGCAAGCAGCAAAGUAACGAAGCCUGGGCCCAUUUCAUGUCGUGUGAGCAGUUACAGUAGUCAGCUGGGGUGUGCAUAACAUCACUUUCGACAUGAAAUAGUCGAACCAUCGGAGUAAGGCAGAAGAACAUGUUAAUUGCAGUUGAGAUAUUGCCAUUCAUACAGUAACG